UCUCUUUCUGACUGGCUGGUUUGUCCAUAUAGCCGUCUCUUGAUUGGCCAAUCGUUGAGAGAGGGCGGGAUUUAGGGAAGAACACAGCUCCACCUGCCUCUGCCUGAGCUUCCCAUUUUCUGAUUGGCUGGAAACUGCCCGCAUCCUCCCUGUGAUUGGUCAAACUCUGCUAGAAGGCGGGACUUUGAGGAACAUAACGCCGUUGCCGUGCGCAGGGAUUGGCCUCGCGUCCUUCGCUCUCUGAUUGGCUGCAUUCUCACUGAACUAACCUCUGAUUUGCCGAAUCUUUGUAGGGGCGGGAAUUGCUUGCAGACAGCGCUCCUCUCGGGCGAGGUCGCGCCCCCUCCAGUCUGAUUGGCUGAUAGUCACGGGACCCGCCGCCGAUUGGCCCAUCUACCAGGAGGGGGCGGGACUUGGUCCCGCCAAACACCUGCGCGCUUCUGAGGGCCCCGCCCCGGCCUCCAGUGUGAUUGGGCGGGAGCGGCGACAUCCGGGCACUCGAGGACGGAGCAGGGAGCGGCGGACCCGAGAGGGAACCAGCCCGGGGCUGGCAGGGUCCCGGGCGCGAGCCGGUGCCAUGGCGGAGCCGCGGAAGGAGGAAGAGGAGGAGGCCGAGGAGCGGGGCAAGCGGGAGCCAGCCCACCGGGCCACCGUCGCGGCCAAGAACCUGGCCAUCCUCAAGGCCCGCUCCCUGGACGUCACCUUCGAGGUGGGGGACGAGUACGAGGUCAUCGAGACCAUCGGCACCGGAGCCUACGGCGUGGUCAGCUCUGCCCGCCGCAGAUCCACAGGCCAGCAGGUGGCGAUCAAGAAGAUCCCCAACGCCUUCGAUGUGGUGAUGAACGCCAAGCGCACCCUCCGCGAGCUCAAGAUCCUCAAACACUUCAAGCACGACAACAUCAUCGCCAUCAAAGACAUCCUGAAACCCGCCGUGCCCUAUGACGACUUCAAAUCCGUGUACGUGGUGCUAGACCUGAUGGAGAGUGACCUUCACCAGAUCAUCCACUCCUCCCAGCCCCUCACGCUGGAACACGUCCGAUACUUCCUCUACCAGCUGCUCCGGGGCCUCAAAUACAUUCACUCGGCCAAUGUCAUCCACCGCGACCUCAAGCCCAGCAACCUGCUCAUCAACGAGAACUGCGAGCUGAAGAUCGGUGAUUUCGGCAUGGCCCGGGGGCUGUGCACCAAGCCAGAUGAGUACAAAUACUUCAUGACUGAAUAUGUGGCCACGCGGUGGUACCGAGCCCCGGAACUCAUGCUCUCCCUCCACGAAUACACGCAGGCCAUCGACAUGUGGUCCGUCGGCUGCAUCUUCGCCGAGAUGCUGGGCCGCAAGCAGCUCUUCCCCGGGAAGAAUUACAUCCACCAGCUGCAGCUGAUCAUGACGGUUCUGGGCACGCCGUCCGCCAAGGUGAUCCACGCCAUCGGGGCCGACCGGGUGCGCGCCUACAUCCAGAGCCUGCCCUCCCGCCAGCCGGUGCCCUGGGAGAACCUCUACCAGCAGGCCGACCGCUCGGCCCUGGCGCUGCUGGCCAAGAUGCUGCACUUCGACCCCCGGGAGCGGAUCGCCGUGGCCGAGGCCCUCAAGCACCCCUUCGUGGCCAAGUACCACGACCCGGACGACGAGCCCGACUGCGUGCCCGCCUUCGAUUUCGACUUCGACAAGCAGGUCCUCACCAAGGAGCGCAUCAAGGAGGCCAUCGUGGCCGAGAUCCGCGACUUCCACGCGCGCCGCGAAGGGAUCCGCCGGCAGAUAAGUUUCAAGCCCGCCCUCCGGCCGGCCGCCGCCCCCGCCCCCGCCGCCCCCUUGCGCUGCCAGGACGUGGACAUGCCCAGCGCCGGAUCCACCGGGGGAGACUACGCCAUGGAGUCGCCAGCCCCCGGGGAAGUCCCGUACCCUCCGGAGACUAUUGACCUGACCUCGCCCGGGGCUCCCCCGCAGCCCGAGGGGCCGGCCGAGGUAAAGGCUGAGCCGGAGGCAGCGCCGCCGAAGAGGGAGGGGGCCAUCUCGGACGACACCAAGGCAGCGCUCAAGGCCGCCCUGCUGAAGUCGGCUCUGCGCAAUAAGAACAAAGACACCCAGUGCUCCGUGCUGGAGCCCCAGGACGUGCGGAAGCCGGUGACGGCCCAGGAGCGGCAGCGGGAGCGGGAGGAGAAGCGGAAGCGGCGCCAGGAGCGGGCCAAGGAGCGGGAGAAGAAGCAGAAGGAGAAGGAGCGGAAGGAGCUGCGGCGUGGGGACGUGCUGCGCGGGCUAGUGCUGAGCGAGAAUGACCGCAGCCUCCUGGAGCGAUGGACCAAGAUGAUUGACCGGAACCACCAGAAACUGGCUCACAACGGGCCCAUGGACCACGGCCCAGCCGCGUCUGCCGGCCACGUUCCACCGGGAGCCACUGGUCACGUUCCACCGGGAGCCGCUGGCCACCUUCCAGCUGCACCUACUGGCCACCUCCCAGCCACGCCUGCUGGUCAUGUUCCACCGGGAGCUGCCGGCCACCUUCCAGCUGCACCUGCCGGCCGCCUUCCAACCACGCCUGCUGGCCAUGUUCCACUGGGAGCUGCUGGCCACCUCCCAGCCACCCCUGCUGGCCACCUUCGACCAGGAGCCACUGGCCACCUCCCAGCCACUCCUGCUGGCCACCUUCAACCAGGAGCCGCUGGCCACCUUCCAGCUGCACCUGCUGGCCACCUUCCAACCACGCCUGCUGGCCAUGUUCCACUGGGAGCCGCUGGCCACCUUCCAGCCACCCCUGCUGGCCACCUUCAACCGGGAGCCGCUGGCCACCUUCCAGCCACCCCUGCUGGCCACCUUCAACCGGGAGCCGCUGGCCACCUUCCAGCCACCCCUGCUGGCCACCUUCAACCGGGAGCCGCUGGCCACCUUCCAGCCACCCCUGCUGGCCACCUUCAACCGGGAGCCGCUGGCCACCUUCCAGCCACCCCUGCUGGCCACCUUCAACCGGGAGCCGCUGGCCACCUUCCAGCCACCCCUGCUGGCCACAUUCCAUCGGAAGCCACUGGCCGCCUCCCAGCCACCCCUGCUGGUCACGUUCCACCAGGUGCCGUUGGCCACCUCCCAGCCACGCCAGCUGGUCACGUCCCGGCCACAUCAGAUUUCUUGAGCUUCCCUGAGAAGGCACCAGCCGGAGGCAGCUCCAAACUCACCGUACUGCCAAUAGUUGCGGAUCCAGCCCACGCCUCGGCCCCCAACAUUGUCCAGUACUUCCCGGCCCCGCCCGGCCCCUUCCCUCCGGUUCUGGUGGCCCCCUCAGCUUGCCAUAAAGCUCUGGCUAAACCCGAGUGCCUCCUGAGUGUCAAAUACACCCCGGGUCAGAUCUUCCAGGCCCCCUUUGGCCUGGCGGGGAUCAGUGCAUGGCCCGGUGUCCAGUGCCCAGAGAACUGGUCCGUGGCCGGGAGGCCAGCACCUGGGGAAGCCCCGACGACUCCUAGCGGGACACAGCCGCAAGAGGGGCCAUCAGUCCGCACCGUAGGCAGCCUUGUGACACCAGGCAGGGAGGGCGUGGGGUUGGAUCCGGCCAUCUUCCUGCAGGAGAUGGGGAAGAGGGCUCCGGCUCCGGCAGUGGGAGGAGUCAAAGGGCCCGGCCAGCACCCGAUCGCUAUGGCGACGUCGCUGGAAACCGCCCCGGAGUCACCUGACAUCACCAUGGUCACGCAGCAGCUUUCCAAGUCGCAGGUGGAGGAUCUCCUGCCCCCCGUCUUCUCAGUGACCCCCAAGGGCAGCGGGGCAGGCUACGGCGUGGGCUUUGAUCUGGAGGAGUUCCUGAAUCAGUCCUUCGACAUGGUGGGGGAGAACAGGGACAGCCAGGGCGAUUCGGCCCCUCUCUCGGCCUCCCUGCUGGCUGACUGGCUCGAGGUCCAUCGGAUGAACCCCGCCGAUAUGGAGUCCCUCCAGCAGGAGCUGCAGCUGGGCUCUCCCAUGAUCCUCUCCGACAUUCCCGACCUCCAGGACGCCUGAGGCUGAGAUCUCAGCUCCCUUGUGCCUCCCCUCCCCAUGGGGAGUGAGGGUGGGGCCAGGACCAACUCCCCUCUUCCCUUCCCCCUGGGGUCAGGACUGGCUGCGCAUCAGGGUCUCAAUGGGGCAAGCAAGUAGACACUUCCCCCUCCCGAUCGCCUGGGUCCCGUCGCUGGUUUUACCUGCUGUCCUGUCAGGUCUCAUGUACAGUUAGGCGGAGUCAGGAGGGCUCCCCGAAUGGCUGGGAGAGCUUGACCCUACUCCAGCAGGCACUGUGCUGCGGGGCAGGGGCUCACUAGGGGGCGAUGGGCCCUGGGAAUCAGUGCUGGCCCCGACGUCCCAGAGCGCCACCAGGGGGUGCUGCAUUGCAGUGUGGGUGUGUGUUGAUUUCCUUCCUGACCCCUCUGAGUUGCCCUGGAGCAUGAGCGUGGCUCACCCGUCCCUGACUCUUCCUAAGCCGAGCUGCCUGGGGACUCCCCGCCCUGGGUGGAAUGGGCCAGAGCUCCUGAGGCCUCGGUUUGAUCCCCGCCCACGCCACAGUGUGGAGGACUUAGCCCGGGCUUGAUCCCAUGGGAUGUGAAUCAUCAUCCUGCUGCGUCAGUCCCCUGUCAUUUCCCUUCUCCUCACUCCUACCUCUGUCUCCCUCCUCUAACUCUGAUUUCUCAUCCCCUCCCAUAAUACCCGCCUUGCUCGCCCGCUGAUUUAGGCAUAGGAUCCAGAUCCUUACAGCUAUUUAAACACCUGACUCCGACCAGGAUCUAGGUCUUUAGGAGCACAAAUUUUGCCAGAAGUCAGUAGGGUUUAGGAUCCUAAUGGCCUGGAUCGCUGUGGGAUUCAGGAGCCUAAAUCCUGUUAGCUGUUUGGAUGGUAUCUCUUCUUGCAUAAAUCUAAUUUACACUCCCUUCAGUAAACACGGAGAACAAUUGACCACUGUCCUCAUUGUAACCGCUCUCAACAUCUUUGAAGACUGUUCUCCGGUCCCCCCUCUGUCUUCUUUUCUCUAGACUAACCAUGCCGGUUUUUUAACCUUUCCCCGUAGGUCAGGUUUCUAAACCUUCGAUCACUUUUGUUUCUUUCCUCUGGACUCUGUCUGAUUUCUCCACAUCUUUCGUAACAUGGCAUCUGGAAUUGGACACGCUACUCCAGCUGAAAUACGCCCCGUUAAUACACCCCGUUAAUACACCCCAGAUGACAUUAGCCUUUCUCGCCACUUCCAUUUAGAGGUGAGUGACAUUUUCAACUACAAACCCCCGCAAAUUUGGUGUACCCGAAACCUUUCAAAGAGUUGUCCUUGGUUUUGCUGAAUUGUUUUGGUUGAAAAACCAGCUAAAAAACUCCAAGGAAAAUAAAAAAAAAUUGACACCUUAGGGCUGAAACGUUUUUCAUAUUUUCAAUUCCAAAUUUAAUAUCAUGGAAAAAAAAAUGAAAACCAGAAAACAGUAGAAACCUUUUGUUUUGGCACUUUCAGAAGUGUCGCGUUUUCUCUUGGAAGCGGCUGGUCAUACAGAAAUUUGCCUGUAACUUAAGUUUUAAAAUAGGGAAAAUGUAAAAAACAGCUCAAAAUAUUUAGUUUGACUGGAAACAGAUCUUUUUCCCUUUUUGAUUUGCCAGACGUUUUUAAAAAUUGCCUUUCCUCUUUGACCCCAAAUUUGUCUUCUUCUUCUUUUGCAAAGAACUGGAAAGUCCAUUAUUUGUCCAACUUAAUUCCACCAGUUUACUCUGGUCCCCACUCUGCAUUGAAUCUAAUCUCCAGUCCCCUCUUUACUUUUCGAAUACAAUCCCCAUUCUCAUUGUUUAAACCUGUCUAAUCUAAUCCCCACUCAGUGUCUCGUGUAAUAUCUAUUCUCUUUUUUUUCUACCUAAUUUAUCCCCCACUUUGGGUCUAAUACAGUCUCGUCUCCUUUUUACCUGCCUAAUCUAAUCUCAUUAUCAAAUCUAAUCCCUAAAAGAUGCUCAGAACUUUUUUUAUCAGAACAACUGGUUUUCAUGUUAAAAAAAGCCGUUUUGACAACACCGGAUCCCGCCCCGCAAAUGGUAUCAUGUCAAUUCCAUUUUGUUUAUUUUAUUUGAAACUGUCACAUGUUUCAAUAUUUCGUUCACAAACCACUUUUCGUUUUGCUGAUUUAUUUUAUACCAAAAACCAAAGAAAUUCCUAAAUGUUUUGAAUGAACCAAAGUGAAACAUUUUAACCCCAAAUUAACUGUUUUGUUUGCAAAAAAUGUUGCAAUUCUGGGGUGAAAAAAAGUCUCAACGUUUUCCAAGGAACGGAAAAUCCGUUUUCUGAUCCACUCUCCUAAUCCCCAGUGCAUAUCUAAUCUAAUUCCCGCUCUGUGUCUAAUCUAAUCCCCAGUCUUCUCAAAUUCCCCCAGGGGCUCAGUGGUGGAGCAGAGAAUCAAAUCCGGGCCCCCGGAAGCAGGUGCUUUACCCGAUCCGCACACACGUAGGUGCCCUGGAGCACCCACGGAAAAAAUUUAGUGGGUGCUUAGCACCCACCGGCAGCCAGCUCCCCAACGCCUCCUGCAGCCCGGCCAAUCAAGUCCUGCCCUUCCCUCCCAGCGCCUCCCGCCCGCUGCGAUCAGCUGUUCUGCGGCAUGCAGGAGGGGCGGGGGAGCAGGGACCGGGGAGGGGUGGGGGGGGGUUUGGGGGAAGGGGUGUAGUGGGGGUUGAACACCCCCCAGGGAAAGGAGGAAGCCGGUGCCUUUGCGUACACCCCCCGUAUUGCCCGGUUGCUGCCUCCCGGAGAGCCCCAGUUUUGACUGGUCCGUUGUGUUCCUCUCUGUCCCUGGGGCAUUACUGGCCUAAGCCCACAGGGGGCAGAGCGGGCCGGGGCUGUAGGAUGGAGGCAGUUUUGUUGUGCUGGGGAGGGGCAGGGCCAUGGGGUCGACUCUCCCCAGCGGCGUCCCCAGUCCUCUCCUGGGAGAUCGGGCAUCACGGCGCGCCUACCUCGAAAACGAGCCGGCCAGGACCCUGGCAGGCUCAGUUGGGGGCUUUCGCGUUCUGCCCCAGCCUUUGCAGCCCAGACACCGGGGUUUGAGGGAGGGGAACGUGGGCUUUUCGCCGCCGAAAUGCCGGGAGCGGAAGAAUGGGAGUUGAGAUCCUACGAGGCCCCGGACAGCUGGGACUCUGUGGUUAGGGGGAUGGGGUGGGGGGGUAAAUUGGGGUCCUGCAAGGCCGUUUACAGCCAAAAUUACCAUGUCUAGAGGGCUGGGGAACUAAGCCCCCGAACAGGCUUCUUGCAGCCCCAUCGGCCGCUCUAGGCUGGCUAUUUUUGCAGGGGUUUUGCAAGUGCGCCUCAGAAGUGUUUUAGCCCAGGAGUUGGUCCCUAGCCUGGGUCCGAGUUCACUGGAGCCAGUUGCGUGUGUGUGUGUGUGUGUGUUUUUCUCCAAGCGGUUGUGUUUUUUAUUGUAACACUUUCGGCAUUUAAACUUUCGAUAAAUGAUUUUAAAAAAUCCCGAA